CUGGACCAGGCUGCCCAGAUGCGGGCGCCACUCUGCCUGCUGCUGCUCGUCGCCCACGCGGUGGACAUGCUCGCCCUGAACCGAAGGAAGAAGCAAGUGGGCACUGGCCUGGGGGGUAACUGCACGGGCUGUGUCAUCUGCUCGGAGGAGAACGGCUGCUCCACCUGCCAGCAGAGGCUCUUCCUGUUCAUCCGCCGGGAAGGAAUCCGCCAGUAUGGCAAGUGCGUGCACGACUGUCCCCUGGGCUUCUUCGGCAUCCGCGGCCAGGAGGUCAACAGGUGCAAAAAAUGUGGGGCCACCUGUGAGAGCUGCUUCAGCCAGGACUUCUGCAUCCGGUGCAAGCGGCGGUUCUACCUGUACAAGGGGAAGUGCCUGCCCAGCUGCCCACCAGGCACCUUGACCCACCAGAAUACGCGCGAGUGCCAGGAGGAGUGUGAACUGGGCCCCUGGGGCAGCUGGAGCUCCUGCACACACAAUGGGAAGACCUGUGGCUCCGCCUGGGGCCUGGAGACCAGAGUGCGAGAGGCUGGCCGGGCCGGGCAGGAGGAGACGGCCACCUGCCAGCUGCUGUCUGAGUCAAGGAAAUGCCCCCUCCAGAGGCCCUGCCCAGGAGAACGAAGCCCCCGCCAGAAGAAGGGCCGGAAGGACGGGCGGCCGCGCAAGGACCGGAAGCUGGAGCGCAGGCCCGACGGGAGGCCACGCCAGCCCGGGGCGCAGUGACCAGUGACCGGCGCCGCGCUCCGCGGGCCCUCCCCGCCGCCCCUGCUCGCUCGGCCACCGCCUCCUUUCCCUGGGGCGACCUCGCUUUUCCCCUUGUUUUCUUCCAUCCUGUUUUCCUCUUCCCUCCCUCCUCCUCCCCUCCCGCUUCCUCCUCUCCCCCUUUCUUUCCCUUUUCUCCUUUUUCCCUGUUCUCCACCAUCAACAUCUCCUCCCCCCCACACACACACACAGGUUUUUAGAGAGAGCUCCACGCUCCGCCCUCCCCUGGGCGCUCUCUGCAUCUCAUAGAAGUUUUAAGAAGGUCUUCAAGGUUUCUCUAGAUCUUUCCCUGCCCCCGUCCUGACCCCACCUUGGCAGAAAGGCAGUUUACAAGGGAACAGCGGGCAGGCCACCUGAGUCCUCACACGUGAGCUCCUACACCAGGGAGCCCCCAGAACCCAGGGUGUGACCCCUCUGUCCCCUGGCCAAUCCCGAGAGGCCAUUUCCACACCCCUCAGCCACCAGCUCCCACAGGAGGAGGUGCAGGGCCUCCUGGGGCCCAGCCUGGACACCUUCCCCAGCUGGCCUUGGGGGAGCUCCUGGGGCCCCUGCUGCAGCCCACCAGCUCAGCCCAGGGCCUUCCUCAGGGGCCCAUCCCUGCCAGCUGACCACUCCCAGGGCCUCCAGGGACCCGGCACUGGAUCCGCUGGGGCGUCACUGCUGGGGGAAUGAGCAGUUCUUACCAGAAGAGCCAUGGAAGCGAGUGGGACUCGUCCCCACCCCCGCCUCCUGCUGGCUGUACUAUGGAGGCCCGGGGAAGUCCCAAGGGGACCACAUGUUCUGCUGGCUCUUGGCAGUGGCCCUGCUGGGCACAUCUAGAGCUGAGAGGAAACUUGGAGGAUCUCUCAGGGAAGAAAGGAGGGAAAUUGAUGGGUCAGAAGCCAAGGAGACCCCUCCUACCCACAUUCAUGGGAUACCCCCAGAUACCCCCGGAUACCCCCGAGCCUUUGUGUCUCACAGCGACACCCCACAGCCCAGGGGGGAGGUGUGCUGGGGGAGGCUCCAGGUUAGACCAAGCUCUCACUGCCUGUCAGUCUGUCUCAGCAGGCCCUGCUCCCCAGAACCCCCAGACAGGCCUCCUGGUUAGCACUGGCCACAGGGACCAGCAGCUGGGAGCAGAGGGGGGCAGAGAAAGAGUCUGAGCCCGGAGGGCCCAGGGUGGGGAAGGAAGAGGCUGCAGGUUGGGGUGAAGCCUCGACUGGCGAAACAUCACCUCCUCCACCGAAGACAGAGACCCUGCCUUCCACCUGGCAGACGGGGUCCCCAGCAAGCACUGCUGCUACCUGGCCCUCACUCCCCUCAUCUCGCCUCCCUGAGGACAGCUAGAGCCCUUCCUCACCUGGCCAGGCCACCGGCUUCCCGUCUGCAGAAGUGUGUGCCUCUGAAAUGCUUUAUCAUUUUUUGUUUUAAGACCCCAACUUUUUUUUAAAUAAAAGAAAAAAUUUGCGUUUGCAAA